UGGCCGCCAGCGUGCCGCUGCCUUGCUGGGCGAAGCACAGACCAGCGAAUGUCCAAGGGACGCAACAUCGUAAGGUUUAGAUCCCUGCCGGGCACUCAGAUCUGUGCUCUCGAGCGGGGUGGCCGAUGCAUGCCUGCCCGCCGGCCCGCUGUUGUAAAUGCUGGCCUCGCAUGCCCAACCGGCCCCGCCGGGAACGCACUGGCCUCUCGCUCCCCUGCGCGGCACCCUCGCACGCAGGAGCUCCGAGGUGCGCGGGGCUGCACAUGAUACAGGACUGGGCAGUACAAAUCUCCUGUGCGUAUUACAAGUG